AUGGAUCAGAUGCGGGCAGCAUGUGAUCAGGCGCUUCUUUCCCGGGCGGCGAAGCUUUUUGCGCUGUCGGAGGACUCUGUUGUCGAUACGGGGGGGCCGUGGAGAGCCAUGGACUGCUUCACAGCGCUUUGGGGCGGCUUUCUCUACUUCCUCAUAGGCCUCGCGCCCAGUGGUUGGUCCAGGAUCAGUCAGAAGGCCGUGCUUGCCGGUGCGAUUCUCAUGACUGCAGGGACGUGGGCCAUCGGCUUCUACUGGAUCUGGGCAAGUGAAGGGAGGCAGCAGUGGAUUCACGCAGUUGGCCUCCUGGAGAGAACGUCCUUCUUGGCCCUUCUGUUCGGGGUUAGCCGCAGCACGGGGUUCCGUGAGCUGCUUCUGGAGAGACUACCCGAGGCGCAGGAGAUCCUUCUCGACUCGGCCACGCAGUACUCCGUGGCCCGGGACAUCUGGCCGGUCUCCGCAUCCUCCGUCAUGUGGCUGCUCUGCCUAGUCGCAGAAACCCAGCUGCGACGAGACGAAGGCGCUGUAGUUCCGCCUCCAGUUCAGCCGAUCUUCCUGUGCGCCGCGUGGGCAUAUGCACUGCUCCGGUUCAAUAGCUUCCUCGUGCUCUUGGUGGAGCGCUUCGCACAGUCUACCUCCCGCCAUCUGGAGGAUGUGGAACUGGCCUAUGAGCAGUGGGCGUGCAUCGUUGCCUUCGCGUGCCAGGCUUCGCGCUGGACCGGUUUGGUUUACAUCCACAUCCUAACAUUCUCGUUCCUGCACAUGUGCCCAGUUUUGGUAGCGCUACUAGAUAACCAGGAAAGUAGCAGGGGCUGGCUGCUGCCACAUUUCUUUGCCAGCCUCACGUACUGCGGCCUCGCAGCGUGCGUGCUGCAACGAGCGGCCGCUGUGAGUUCGCAACGACACCAUGCAGUGGCGUGCACAAACAGCUAUCAGUGGGCUUUGGGGCCCACUCGACGCUGGGAUCACCACGUCCUUGUGAGCUUCAUGGAGCGGAGUGACUUGGGCAUUGCCGUCUGUGGCGUUCACCUGACGACAUCUCUGUUGCUGAAGUCCGCGUCCAUCUUUGUGACAGCUGCAUCUUUCGUUGUGGCCCGGCUCAUGAGUCUGCCUGAUGUUCAGAAGUCAGAGUGUUGGGUCGGUGGUUGGUGGCAGCAGAUGGCAGCGCCAAUCGAAGCAUCCACGGCUCGAACCGAAGGACCUCCUGCACGCAGAAGUGCCAUAUUUUGUCACGUUCUGUUUCUGUGGGAUGUCCCAGAGCGUUCUGGAGAAAGCUCGUCUUGGAUUGCAAAGCCGUGCUCGUCGCAAACUUGA